AUGUCAUUCAGUCCUCAGAACUAUGAAUCAAGCUCGUCCACGACACAGUCGACGUCUCCAGCCCAUACGGCCGCCCAGUCGGCUAACCUCUCUUCUCCCCCUUCGUCCGUCGCCAUGCACCCGCACUCGGUCUCCCAGUCGACUGUGACGACAUCAACGUCUUGCCCGACGCCGGCUAGCAGUACCGGCGGGCCCGUGAGAGAUGGACCGGAUGGCACAGCGAUGACCGCGUCGUUUGCUGGCGGGAAGAUCCCCUUCGAAGCCCUUGGAACCGACGCGAAACUUCUUGCGCAUGACCAGUCCAGUAAUGAGAAGAGUAUCAGCACGCACAAAUCUUCAUCUAACGAUAGUAACGAUCAUGAUCCAAUGGAAAUAGACUUGAAAGACGGAGCCGGUCCGCCGGAGGAUCUAAGCCUAGAGUCCCUCCAACGAGAUGUGGGAGAGGCGAUAGGGCUCUGCAAAUCCACUUACACCUCUACUCUGCCGACCCCCAAGUUCGACAUCGUAUCGCUUUACGGUCUAGGCCCCAUAGCUGCAUCGGUAGCUCGCACAGAUCCCGUCACAGGUGAAAAAAUAAAUCGGCUACGGAAGUCCUACGAAGGAAAGAUCAAGGGUUUGGGCCUGGCCGGGAGGAAUAAACCUGUCAAACAAGAGCCCGGUGCCCCUGGAGGCCUACGCAGCCUGAUGAUGUGGCCCGAUGAAGAAUGGUAUAAUCAAAAGGUUGCUGGGAAGGAGAUUACGAUCGCGGAACCGGAUACCGCAUUCUACAAGCAGCAGCUGAGAGCAAUGAAAAUGGAGCCAGGACUCACGCCAAGGAAUGAAUACUGGGAAGACGUACUUGGCCAUGAAAAACCAUCGAAAAAUGUUGCUGAGCAGUUACCGAAGAAAGCGGCUGCCGGCUCCUUUAAACAUACGCCUCAGAGCAACGGUACGCCCGCAGCACAGGCAUCUUCUGCUGCAGCUGUGCCCGAUCCUGGCCGACCGAAACGCGCUGGCCGGAAGAGAAGUUACCUCGACAGCAGCUUUGUUGGCUACGGUGAAGGCUUCCCCGACGAUGACGAUCUGGAAGGUUCCCUUUACUCCAACGAGGAUGAUGGAAGCAGCGCAGGGAAGAAAAAACGAAAGAAGAUGCAGGAACAUGCGGCAGGAGGCCCUGCGCCGUUCGAACGAGGUGGCAGCUACGGUGUUGGGAUGUUUGGCAUUGGUGCCCGAUGA